AUGAUCCUUUUUUUUCUCCCUCUUUUUCGGGUUUUGGGGAUGACUGAGUUUAAACUCGGGGAUAAUGUGCACGCGUCUUUCGUUAGAGACCUGUGCUCCUACGAUUUCCGUGUUCAAACGUUUGUCGGCUGGCCCUUCGGUGGAAACUUCAAGUGCACUGCGGAACGUCUGGCUAUGACGGGUUUCUUUCAUCCCCGGGAUACUGCGCAGGACGUAGCGCAGUGUUUUGUAUGCUUCAAGGAACUCGAAGGUUGGGAACCUGAUGAUGAUCCGGCGGCCGAACACAGACGUCAUUCGCCUGAGUGCCCAUUCCUCUUUUCCAAGUCAUACGAACAAAUGUCGGCCAGGGAAGGGUUGCAGAUGGAUAUUAUCCGGUUCGCAAAUUUCCUUCACUGGCAUAAUGAGCAAAUAAUCAAAAGUGUGCGCGAAAAAGCGAGUGACAAGAUAUGUUCGAUUCGUAACCAAUUGGCGGAAUGUCUUGUUAAGAAAAGAGGAACGAGACGAACGAAUCGAGCCGAACAAUCCGAAGCAUUCUCCGAAGCCUCUAUUUGUUCGACGCGAUCGCUUCGAAGCAGACGGCAAAGAAACUAACCCCUAUUGUUUGUGUACUCUUUUCACCUGUAUCUACGCUUUACCAAUCACAUGUUUCUGUAUGAUUAUGGUACAUUAAUUUACUUUGCCAAUGGAAGUAGGAAUAUGCCUAUCCGUUUCCCGAGCACCACUUAUUACCGCCUAUCGUAAACUCAAUCGAAUUAUGUUAUUUCGUAUUUUGAGCCAAUAGCUGUGAUACAGUGCACCGGAAUCAGUUGCAUCGACCCAUAAGGUGUCAUCUCGAAUACCUUAUUUCCAGACUCACCACUUU